CAGCCUUCGAAGCGUUCUCUCUCUUUUGCUCACUCUCUGUCUCCUCUCACAUCUUGACCCAACAACUAUCGACGCCGGUAUUGUCGCCUAGGACCACCGCCGUUGUUCAGGGUUCAAUGAAUGGUCGGCUCAUGGGCUGGGCCUUUGCCCGCUCGGCCACACACACACGCACGUAGGUACACGCAAGCGCACUUCUUCUAUCUACCUCUGUCGGCUCUCCAACCCAGAACCCAGCACACAGAACCUAGAUACCUGACCUGCCCACCACUACCUGGGCUAUUAUUAUACACUCGACUGGUCUGUUCAGAGUGCCACCAUCGGCGCCGUGUGCAAGUGCCACAGGUCGAAUCACACCAGAGCCAGCAUGCAUAUUGGGGAACGAGGGCAUGCCAUGGGUGGGUGAUGGGAUACCUGUGCGUGCUUCUGCUUCUGCUGCUGCUGCUGCUGCGUAUGUGCUGUGAUCCGACUCUCUCUCAACCACCAUGCUUCCACCACCUCCUCCUCCUCCUCCUCAACGGUCAACCACCCCCCCUAGUCACACAUCCCUACACUGCUCCGCCGUGCAUGGACACACUAGACAUACAUAACUCGCGGUAGGCGCCCGCCUUGUACCGGAUCCCCUCCUUCUUCUCUUUUGCGACCCGUUACAUACCAAACGAGCAUAUUCGGCUCUGCUGGACCUCAUAUCUCUUUUUCCUUUAGGCAUCUCCUUUUCGCUGGUCUUGUUUCCUAGCCCCGAGGCGUAUUCAACCUCCCCAUAGCUUGCACUGCGUGCCGCUAUCCCCAAGUAUCUACAGGCUUCAUAGAGCAGAGUGCUGCCGGCAACGGCUUUCCCCCCUCGAUUCCCAGCUGUACGGGAAAAAGCAAAAACAGAAGGGUACCAAAACUGCCACGGAGGAGGCUGUCCUGCGCUGUAAACUGCAAGUCAGAUAUAGCCAGUCCACGCCCUCUUGAACAUUCCUCCACCCCACUUUCCGUAUCUGGGAAUAACCACUUACACACAUGCACACAAAAUGAACUACACACAAGAAUAUGAAAGAGGCGAGCGUCGCCUGCGCCAUGAGAUGCGCGAAAAGGCGCCCAUGCGCGACACAUUCUUUGGCAUCAAGGCCGAGCCGCAAAGGCCAACGUCGGUGGCGACCGAAUUCAUGGACAUGGAAUGGGAUGACGACGUGCUCAGCGAGUUUGAAGACAACUCUCCCCGGAUCAGUGUCAACUCUUCUGGCGGCCAGCCAAGUAUCACAACACUGUCAUCCUACGAUGAGGUGCAGACGCCAAGAUCGAGUCAAGGGCGGAUGAUGUAUGCGACAGAGAUGAUGGAGUCACCAAACAAGAACAUUGAGGGUCCUUCCGGCCCGCACUUGUUCCGUGCUUCCACUGCCAGCUACUUUGACGAGGCCAUCCUGACGCUGUCCCCAGUGACACCCAAGACGGCGCGACCUUUCGAUGAGCCAUUCCGACACAUCAGACCGCAGCAGCCGCCGAUGCCCCCGUCCAGACACCAGAGCGGUCCCUUUCAGUUCACGUACGAAGAGUUUGAGUCGAGAGAGCUCGUCUCAUGGACGCCAGAGAUGGUUGCGCAGUCGAUGCUCAAUGCUGGCAUUGAGCUCUCGGUCGCCGGCCGCUUCGUGGAGAACGAUAUCAACGGGCCCAUCCUAAUUACGUUGAAGUUUGAGGAUCUCAAGGAGUUGGACAUUCCGUCAUUCGGCAUGAGGACGCGCGUUUGGAACCAGAUUCAGGUCUUGCGCGACAGCAGACCCAGCUCGCCACGCGCCCCGACGCCGAUCCAAGACGAGCCGAGCCGCGAAGUCAAAAAGGAGACCCGCGAGGUCCGGGCGGCGGAAAGGCAGCAGACGGACGACUGCGGGAUGAAGAGGAGCAAGAGCAGCAGGAGGCGGCCCAAGAAGCCGUCGCACGACGAUAUCAUCACGCCCAUGGAAUCUGUGUCCAUCGUUGGCAUUGAGCAGGUCGUCCCCAAGCCGCACCAGUGCCCCAAGGGUGAGAACUGCUCAAAGUGGAGGAAGCAGCAGCGCCUCAUCGAGGCCUUCAAGAAGGAGCACCCCUUUGUCGACCUCGACACGGAACAGGUCGUCAUCACCGGAAACCCAGGCAACCCACACACUGCCAGGGCCCUCGACCCUACGCAGAUCCUCAGGCCUGUCUCGGACGCCGUCCCGUCCGUGGUGGCUUCCUCCGACGUGCUGGGCCCCGGCAACGCCACGCCUCUGCAGUAUCUGCAAGAGGCUGCCCUCCGCAACGUAAUCUCGAGGGACCCCCAGGAUAAUGUGCGCCAGUUCCUCGACUUCCAGAAGCACGAGGAUACCACAGUGCCGCCGACACCCCCCUUCGAGAUGGGCUUCCCUGCCAUGAAGGCCCAGCCUGAACGCCUCCGUCACCUCCCGAAGCUCUCCAUCCCGGGUAAGCAGGCUCCUCGCGCCAGCCCUCUCCGCGCCUCGACUGUCCCUCCUCCGUCAGCCCACCCGGAGCCGCUCCCGACGCCCCCAUACCAGCAGCAGCAGCCGCAAGGCUUCGUCCCCUACCACAUGGACCGGGCCGAGGCCAUGUCGCCGGACCUGCAGAGCCCCAUCAACAACCCCUACCGCUUCGGCACUCCCUUCUCCGAGAUGGAUGUUCCCGUCACCGCCGUGCCCAUGGACCGCAUCGCCCGCGACGUCUCCCAGUCCGUUCCCCCUGAGAUGAACUACCGUCCCGGCGUCUCCAAGCAGCAGCAGCCGCCCCUUUCCCGCACCCAAUCCCGCUCCUCUGCCCGCCGCCCCUCGUUCCCCGUCCUUCCCGCCUUGAACGAAAACACCGCGACCCCCAUCGCCCGCACAUCACCCAGACACACCUCCCCACGCACAUCCGUCCGCCCUCAACCUCUCCAGCAACACCAGCCUCUCCAAGCCCCUCCCCGUGUGAACUACCCUUGGUCGCCCAUCGAGCGCACAACCCCCUUUGAGCAAGCUAUCCCGCCCAUCACCCACCUCGCGCCCUCCCUCCCCGUCAAGCAAGCCGCCUCCGCCGCUCAGCAGGAUGGCGUGACCUUCCAGGGCCCCAUGAAGAAGCGCAAGACAAAGAUGCUCCGCCACGAGUGGAACGACACCUUUUGCACCCUCAAGGGCACUCGUCUCGCCGUCCACAAGGACGCAAAGACGGUCGACCGCACGCUCGAGUACGUCGACGUCGACGACUACGCCAUCGCGUGCUCCAGCCUCGCGUCACAGAGCAAGCUCUCCGCCGCCUUCAAGGCCGUCCACUUCAGCUCCUCGUCGUCGCACAGCCGCGAGAAGAGCGACCCCGUUGCGGCGUUUAGCUUCCAGCUCAUCCCGCAGGACAAGGACAAGGAGUCCGCGGGCGCCAAGUUGCGGAAGCGCGGGAGUGCGUUGCACGGCUUCGGGCACGGGCACUCUUCGAGCUCCGGGUCGAUCCCCGCCGAGGGCGCCAACGGCACGGGCAAGACGCAUCAUUUUGCCGUCAAGAGCCGCGAUGACCGUAUCGAUUGGAUGCGGGAGUUGAUGCUCGCCAAGGCGCUGAAGCAGAAGGGUGAUGGUUUCGAGGUCAGUGUCAACGGCAACAUGAUCUAGACCUCCCUGUCGACACGAUCCUUCUCAAAAGCCAAGAAAAAGCACCGAAUAUCCGAUAAUGACUUGCGUUUCGUGUUUAACGUCUGUUUUUCUCUGCUUUUCAUCUUCACUUCAAGCAAAGCAAGCCAGCAAGCGAGCAACAUUUGCCUCGGGGACUUUAUUUCUCUUAUGAAAGGUCGUCAUUGGUACACUCUUUUGCCAUUUUUUUGCAUUUCUUCUUUGAGAGGUCGAGCUUCUCGGGCACUCCGAGAAGCUUGAACCAUCUCCCUCGUCUCUUUUUUUCCUUUCCACCUUUUCUCUUGCAUAAGUCAUCUGGAUAGCGGCAUUUGUUACAUCCUUGAAAUCAGAUUCUCCCUCCCCCCUCUACCUGACGCCGGGUAUAUGACUCCUCUUUUUUUCCUCUAUUUAUUACAACAGGGGGGGAGGGAAAGGAUAGGAAACCCGGGGAUUUUGAUUUGGACAACUCUGUUGAGGUUCCUUACUGAACAUAAUUAUUCUAUCUCUCACUAUCUCUUAUUUCUCUGAUGAACGCCGAAAAGAAAAACAAAAUACCAAAAAAGAAAACAACACGUACGGAACGGAAACGAAAUGAAAUGGAACGAAAAGACACUCCUUUGCCUUUUUUUUUAAAAAAACAUAUUACUUACUACUGGGAGGGGUUACCAUGAUACCUAAGUUUACUUUUUUGUUAUAGCUAGUUGAGAGAGUUUAGUUGCAAAAUGAAAAAUAGGGGGGACCUGAACAGGAGCCGAGCCGCUUUUGUGGGCGACGCUCCGGGAUCUCGGUUAUGAAAAA